AUGAAGCCUCACAUAGGUAAGAAGCCGAUCGAAUGCAAAAUAUGCGGAAAAAUUUUUACCACGACAUCGAGUUUGCGUGAACAUAUGAGGAUUCAUAACGGUGAGAAGCCGUUCUCUUGUUCGGAAUGCAAUAUGAGUUUCACUCAAUCAUCGACUCUGCGUGAACAUAUGAGGAUUCAUAAUGGUGAGAAGCCGUUCUCUUGUUCGGAAUGUAAUAUGAGUUUCACCCAGUCAGCGACUCUGUAUAACCAUAUGACGAUUCAUGGCGCUAAAAAACCUCACGCUUGUCCUGUAUGCAGGAGAAAUAUCUCUCAAUCACGUAGUAUGAGAAGGCACAUGAGAAUUCAUGAUAAGCCCAGAUUCAACUCCACUGCAUGCGAUAAAUCUUUCCCGUGGAAAUUCCCUUUGAAAUAA